AUGGAUAAUGAUAGUAGUAGUAGUAUAUGUGAUAUUAAUACUGUAGCUGCAGUUUUGCCAGAAAUAAAAUUGAACUGUAAAUCACAAUCAACUUCUAAUACUUCUAUUCCAAUACAAAAUGAUAUAAUAAAGUUACCAGUUGUUAUUGCUGGAUGUUAUGGUUUAGUCCUUAGAAAAAGAGUAAAUAAAAUUUUUGGAUCUUAUUGGACAAGAGAGUAUUGUAUGAUACAAUCUAAUAUUUUGGUAUUUCACAAAGUAAAGUAUCCAUUUUAUAUAACUAAGAGUAUAUCUGUUGCAAGUAUAAUAAAAUGUGAAGCUUCUUUAAUUGAUUCAUGUGUAUUUUCAAUUUUUUUAAAUAAGUCAGAUGAUUCUUGUAUGAGUAGUUGUAGAAAAAAAAAAGUACAAAUAAAAUUGAAGUGUACAUCUACAGUUGAUAUGCAAAGAUGGGUUUUGUACAUUAAUAACAAUAUUAAAUCAUGGAAGAAUAAUAAAAAUUCGGCAAAGAAUCUUAUUAGUAAUGACCAAUAUAUAGAGAGAAGUGUUGCAGAAGGAAUAAUUGAGAAGGUUACUCGUAAAUUAAAAAAAUCAAAUAGAGCUUUAAUGCUGUAUCAAUUAAAUUUUAUUAUCAAGAAAAGACUUAUUAUCUUGCUUUCAAAUUCCUUUAAAAUAUUAUUAUUAAAUAAAAAUAGAAAUUCUGUGGUUUCUAUUGAAAGCAAUGAAAAUGAGUGUGGACCUUUAAUUCUAAAAAGAUUUAUGAAAGAAGUUCAAAUGUCUGUAAAUAUAUUAAAAAGUAUGUUUUCAUUUUCCCGAAUUGUUGAGAGUAGGCUGAAAUUACAUUGGGAUAUUCUUAAAAAGCAUAAAACAACAACUUGUAUAUUACAUGAAAGGAUUACUCUUAGAGACUUAUUUCAUAUUUGGAAGAGACAAACAUUAUUUACUAAAAAUCAACAAAUAUUAUAUGAAAAAAGUGGUAAUAUUAAAUUUGAUAGAUGUUACUCAUUUUAUUUUGAAAAAUCACUUCCAGUACUAAUAAGUAACCAAUUUAACAGGAUUAAUAUUUUAGCAUCAAUUUUUAAUAAAAGGCUUAGAUUUGCUUGGAAUUGCCUUUAUACUAUUAAGAUACAAGAACGUAUAUUGAUAGGAUUAUAUCGUUAUAAUCAGAUUAAUUCCUUAUUCCAUAUUCUUGAGAAAAUCUGGAGAGUAAAAGUAAUUAAAGCUUUCUUUACUUUAAAAUUUAUGCAGAAUACAUCGAUAUGUCAAGGAAGGAACGAAGAGAUUUAUUUAAACAUAAAAUAUAAUUCAAAGCCAAUGAAUAAUAAGAUAGAAAAUGAAAUUAUAGGGUUGUAUAAAAAUACCCUUUAG